AAGCACAGUUUCAAUAUGAAUCCACGUGCAGUUAUCCUGCUCCUCUGUGCGUUUGGCUGUGUCAGCGACGCAUUUCACCGCAUUGCAAUGCAGCGACACAGGCAGCGAAAGCUCCCACACGCCAGACAUCUGUGGGCAAGCCGAAAGCACAUACGGCGAAAGUUCGGAGUGACAGCAGCAGCAGCGCCCCAGAGCGGCGGCAGCAGCACCAACAGCGCACCUUCAGAGGCCAUCGAACCACUUUUCAAUGCGUAUGAAACUCAGUUCUACGGACCUUGCCUGGUGGGCAAUCAACCCUUCACCUUGCAGUUCGACACGGGCUCCUCGGAUCUGUGGAUUCCAAAUGCAAACUGCACCACCUGCGCCAAGACCUGCGACAAUUCUGUGUUCCAAGCAGCCAAAUCAAAGUCUUUUGUGGCCAAUGGAACCGCGUUUAAGAUCACAUAUGGCAUAGGCGAAGUGAGUGGCGUGCUAGCGACGGAUACGGUGUCCAUUGGGCAGAUCUCCAUCAAGAACCAGGGCUUCGGGCUGGUCAGCCAAACGGACACUUGCAGCAGCUUCGAUGGGGUCCUUGGCCUAGCAUAUCCCGCAGUUGCGUUGACUCGGCAAAAGCCUCCAUUCUAUCAGAUGAUUGAACAGAAAUUGGUCGAUCAGCCGAUCUUCUCGUUCCACCUGAAGAGCAACACCACCGAUGGUGGUUCGCUGAUCUUGGGUGGCUCCAAUUCGAGUUUGUACCACGGCUCCUUGACCCACGUGAACGUCACAGAACAGAAAUUGUGGAAAUUUACAAUGGACUACAUAGGGUUCCCUUCUCGGAAAUGUCGUCGCUGUAACGGUUGCAAUGCCAUCAUGGAUUCGGGCACUUCCCUCUUAGUGGGUCCCACUGAGGACAUCACACAGCUGAACAGAAAAAUCGGCGCCAAAUACAACACCACCAACGGCCUCUGGGAGGUGCAGUGUGCGCGAAUCAAAUAUCUCCCCGUGCUGGAGCUCGGAAUCGCUGGCAAAAAGUUCCAUGUGAGGCCACAGGAAUAUAUCAUUGCCUAUGAGGAUAAUGUCUGCAUCACGGGCUUCAUGGACUUGGCGGGCAUCAAUUUCUGGAUCAUCGGAGAUGUUUUCUUCAGGGAACAUUAUUUGUUGUUUGAUGUGGAACAAAAUAGGAUUGGCAUAGCAGUAGCCAAGUAGAAAGUGGUCCUUAAUGUGGAAAUUA